AUGUCGCAGCAGAAUGGUGCUGAGUCGCCCUCACCGGAGGGCCAGACAGAGGUAUUCUCGUACCGCAGCUCACGGGCGGGGAGUGAGGCACCACAGCGUGCACAUGACUCCGCUGUACACUCACCAAGGUCGUACCGUUCCUCCCGGGCAGGGAGUGAGGCGCCGACGCGGCUGCGUGAGGAUUGCUCAAUGCACAGCUCGCCUGCUGUAACACCACGGUUCAGUGAUGGGAGAGGGGAGUACAACGACUGUCGAGGCGCGGGUGCUGCUGGCGUCUACUCUAGCAGCAGACGUGUAAAGCAGCAGCACGGAGACGGAGCGAACAACAUGCAUGCCACAUCAACAAUGGCUGGAGGAGGGAAGGCAGCUGCCAACACCAGAAUGCAAAGACGAGCCGCCAAUACUGACGAGGCUGCAGAGAUGGAAAAUGCUCUGUAUCACUCGGUGCCGCAUGCAGGUGCAUCGUUUAAGCUAUUGCAGAAAUUGGGUUACCCAUUUGACCCAGCUGAGUCUUUCAAGAAUGAGGGAAAUAGUGAAAGCCCUGAUAUUCACGCUGACAGUGUUGAAUACGAGGCAACAGGUGAGCUGCAUGUUGUGAACAGUGCAGAAGCAAGCGAUACACGCAGUGUCAUGCGAAACGAUACGGAGAUCAUAGAGAGUAGCGUCAGCGUUAUGGCUAUGUGCAUGCUCCCCGACCCUGUUCACGGCACUUCUGCGCUUGCAGUGUGUGUUGGGGAUGCGAAUGGUCGGGUCAACUACUGUGAACUUGACAUGGGCCAUGCCAAGCGCUUUCAGUCCUCCAUGUCCAUCUCACGAAAGAGCAAGUCCAACAUUAGCACUUCCAGCCGAAGCCAGACAGAUCUUGAUCUACCAAGCUUUGCCAACUCGGUGUUUUCAGAGCGUUCAUGUCUUUACUCGGAUGGUGCAGGGUUGUAUCGGCCACCCAUUCGCAAGCAUAGCCAUCAGGCGUACGUGCGUGAAAUGGACUGCCUUACUUCUGUUACAAUCUUGCAAACUGUCAAGUCACUCCGUUUCCUUCGGUCACACGAGUCGCCAAAUACGAUAAACUAUUUGACCUCUAAUGAGCGGGUCAUCAAACUGUUUCGUGUGCCGCGGGAGGGUUUCUUGCCGUUUCACGCGUUCCCGAAGAUGGAGGCGGUUCUUGGGCGGAAACUGGCGCACACUCGCUAUUUUUCUCCCGCUGCGCCUCCGUCUCUUAUUCUCCCUGUGCGUGUGUUUUCUGGUUCGCACUCGAGUCCCGUGCAGGACCUCAGUGUCUGCACAGAUGGCCAGUCGUUCCUGAGCAUCGAUGACCUACAGGUCUUCUGGUGGAAUCUGGAGGGAGGGGACGCCUCAAAGGGGAUUUGCAUUGCUGACUGCCGUCCGCUCUCCGGGCGCAUGGAUGAGGUGGAGGAGUUGGUCACGUCGGCAGCUUUCCACCCCACCCACAGCUCGCUUUUCCUGGUGAGUCGGAGUUCUGGCCUCCUCGGCAUCGGUGAUCUCCGCGAAGCACCUUCAACGUCCCAGCGCCGCUACUCCACCACGAUACGCGUUGUCAAUGACGCAGGCCUCCCGUCUCAGGAGCAGUACAGUGAUAUCCUUUGUAGCAUUUCAGGUGCAGACUUUCUCGGCCCGCAUCAUGUUGUGACGCGCGACUACCUGUCCCUUAAACUGUGGGACCUACGGCGACCAGAUGCGCCGUACUCCAAGGCCCCCGUCAUGAGUUAUGUCGCGCCGUACUUAGAUCCCCUCUAUGAAAGUGAUUCCAUCUUUGACCGAUUUCCUGUCGUGGUUGAUCACAUCUCUGGCACUGUUGUUACAGGUCUGUAUGACGGGGCUGCUGCUGUGUGGCAACCCCUCUCAGAAGGCCGCAUCCCCUCGGAGGACGUCAUGACGCACUACCGCGUCGACCCGCAGACGCUUCUCUGUGAGGUGGAGAACGGCGGCCGUACGACAGUGGAGACGUUGAGUGCCUCGCUGGCGCAGGAGUGGAAAACCCCGGCAGUGCGGAUGCCUGGGGAAGAGGCGGUACCGGAGGAGGUGCCGGAGCCUAUCGCCAACAAGGUGAUGUGUGUGUCUAUCGCAGAUGGAGGAGAGCGCUUCGCCUUAACCUGCAAAGACGGACGGUGCAUUUUUUUAUUCGAGCGUGCGGCCUCUUCUGAAUGA